GCACAGCCUCUCCCCUGGACAUAAAUGGAUCUAAAGACAGCAGUGUUUAACGCAGCGAGGGAUGGCAAACUCCGGCUUCUUACCAAGUUGUUGGCAAGCAAAUCCAAAGAGGAGGUUUCCUCCUUGAUUUCUGAAAAAACAAACGGGGCCACGCCACUUUUGAUGGCUGCCAGGUACGGACAUCUCGACAUGGUGGAAUUCCUCCUAGAGCAGUGCAGUGCCUCCAUAGAAGUUGGGGGCUCAGUCAAUUUUGAUGGCGAAACUAUUGAGGGGGCUCCCCCUUUAUGGGCUGCUUCUGCCGCAGGACAUCUGAAUGUGGUCCAGUCUUUGUUAAAUCAUGGAGCAUCUGUCAACAACACCACUUUGACCAAUUCAACUCCCCUCCGGGCCGCGUGUUUCGAUGGCCAUUUGGAAAUUGUGAAGUACCUUGUAGAACACAAAGCUGAUUUGGAGGUGUCAAACCGGCACGGACACACGUGCUUGAUGAUUUCAUGUUACAAAGGACAUAAAGAGAUUGCUCAGUAUUUACUUGAAAAGGGGGCAGAUGUUAACAGAAAAAGCGUUAAAGGUAAUACUGCAUUGCAUGAUUGUGCAGAAUCUGGAAGUUUGGACAUCAUGAAGAUGCUUCUUAUGUAUUGUGCCAAGAUGGAAAAGGAUGGUUAUGGCAUGACUCCCCUUCUCUCAGCAAGUGUGACUGGUCACACAAACAUUGUGGAUUUUUUGACGCACCAUGCACAGACCAGCAAGACAGAACGUAUCAAUGCUCUAGAGCUUCUAGGAGCCACAUUUGUAGACAAAAAGAGAGAUCUACUUGGGGCUUUGAAAUACUGGAAAAAGGCAAUGAACAUGAGGUACAGUGAUAGGACUAAUAUAAUCAGUAAACCAGUACCACAGACAUUAAUAAUGGCUUAUGAUUAUGCCAAGGAGGUAAAUAGUGCAGAAGAGCUAGAAGGUCUUAUUGCUGAUCCAGAUGAGAUGAGAAUGCAGGCGCUGUUAAUUAGAGAACGUAUUCUUGGUCCUUCUCAUCCUGAUACCUCUUACUAUAUUAGAUAUCGUGGAGCUGUCUAUGCAGACUCUGGAAAUUUCAAACGAUGCAUCAACCUGUGGAAGUAUGCUUUGGAUAUGCAGCAGAAUAAUUUGGACCCCUUAAGCCCAAUGACUGCCAGCAGCUUACUAUCUUUUGCAGAACUGUUCUCCUUUAUGCUACAGGAUAGGGCCAAAGGCCUGCUGGGUACUACUGUUACUUUUGACGAUCUUAUGGGCAUACUGUGCAAAAGUGUCCUUGAAAUUGAGCGAGCUAUCAAACAAACUCAGUGUCCAGCUGACCCCUUACAGUUAAAUAAGGCUCUUUCCAUCAUUUUGCAUUUAAUAUGCUUGUUAGAAAAAGUUCCUUGUACUCUAGAACAGGACCAUUUCAAAAAGCAGACUAUCUACAGGUUUCUUAAGUUGCAUCCAAGAGGAAAGAAUAACUUCAGCCCUCUUCAUCUCGCUGUGGACAAGAAUACUACAUGUGUAGGGCGAUACCCAGUUUGCAAAUUUCCAUCUCUGCAAGUUACUGCAAUAUUGAUAGAAUGUGGUGCUGAUGUGAAUGUCAGAGACUCUGAUGACAAUAGUCCCCUACAUAUCGCUGCUCUGAACAACCAUCCAGACAUAAUGAAUCUCCUUAUUAAAUCAGGUGCACACUUUGAUGCCACAAACUUGCACAAACAAACUGCUAGUGACUUGCUGGACGAGAAGGAAAUAGCUAAAAAUUUGAUCCAGCCCAUAAAUCAUACAACAUUGCAGUGUCUUGCUGCUCGUGUCAUCGUGAAUCAUAGAAUAUAUUAUAAAGGGCAUAUCCCAGAAAAGCUGGAGACCUUUGUUUCACUUCAUAGAUGAUGAUUUGACUGUAUUUUAGCACUGUUAAAGCACGAAUCAGUAACAGUUGUUUCAUAAAUGAGCACUGUUGUGAUAACACCAGCAUUCAUUUAGCUUGAUAUCAUUGUGCUCUCAUUGGCUAAUGCAUUAUAAUCAUCAAACUUACAGGAUUGGUUUCCCACUAUUUAAUAUAAAUAUACCAUAUAAUAUAUUGUUUGUGGAUUAUUAAGAACUGUAAUAUCAUAUCCAAAUUUCUUAAAUUGUUUGCCAAAGGCAUAUGAUUCUGGGGAUUUUUUUUGCUGUUGGGUGUUUGGGACAGAGUUAACUGUUUUUCAGUGGUAUCUUUAUACUUUACUGGCUUGUGAAUUUUAUACAAUUGAAGAUCUCUUUUUUCUUGCUUCUGUCUUCUCUUCUCCAAGCUUUCCCAGUUCCUUUUUUUUCCUCCCCUAACAUUUCUACUGUUGUCUUUCCCUCUUAUAGACCCAUGCUAGGGCUUACAAACCUUAUGGACUUGUUACUACCAUUUCCAGUUACCAUAAGUGCUUUAUCUUCUCUAUGCACCGGCUUAAACUUGACUGUUGUAUGUUAGCAUAUUUUCUAUGCAGCAGUUGGUCAACUUCAAUUCAAAACACCAUCUUCUUAAGUUUGUUACAGAGUUCAUUUUAUGCAAGUAUUCUUGUAGCAUGACAAUUUUUAGAGCUGCAGGUUACCUCAAGCUUUUAUUUUUUAUUAUUUUUCCUUCACGUCUGAAGUUUCUUUCUCUAAUCCACACAAAUUUUUAUGUGCUAAAUUUGGGAAACAAAUCUAUUCUAACUCAUUAACCCAGUUGAAAUAUAGGUCUCUCAUCUUAAUAUAUCACAUAAUAAAAGGAAGACUCUUUAAAGUGACCCACCUUUCAUCCUGCUCCAGCAUUGUCCUGCUUGUGCUGAUAGUGUGAGUAGGUGUAAAGAAUUUGCUUAAAUUUAACCUCAGAGUUUAUCACACAGCUUAACAAGUCACAUUGAAAUAUUCAGUCACUGAACUGCAAAUCACUUUUAGUUACAAAAAAGAGCUAAAGCAUGUCAGUGGCAUGAUGCUUGCCAAGCCGGAUUAGGCAUCUAGGAUAAUUAAGGUAUUUUAGUGUGCAGUUUACUACCAUAGUAUCAAAGGUCAGUAACAGUGUUCUUUCUUUCUUCAAGCUUAUGUAUACCUUAAAGACAACUUGCAUGAAUUACUUUGGUCUCAAUUAUUUGUCACCUUAGUUAAACACAAAAGGUUACAGUGCUUCCUGUUCCUGUACUGAAAGUCAGCUUUGCCUUUUCUUUCUUUCUCUUCCUUUCUCCCUCCCUUCCCUCCCAUUUCUCUUUCUCCCCUAUCCCUCUCUGAUUUGCUAAUGCCACAGAAAGGGCUCUUUUAAGUGAAAAGUACUAAAAAAGAUUCAGGUAAUUAUCAUUCAGCACUUUAUUGUUAUUCAGAAUAAAAUUUAUGAUGGCAUAUUUGCCCUGCAAAUGUCUUACUAAAAUUGUUCUGAAUAAAAAGUUCCUUACUGAUUCGCAAAAAAUUCAGUUUACCUGUGAAUUUAAUGAGCUGGAUCACUCACUUGGAUUUCAGGGCUGACAUUCUGAGGGUUGAUGUAAUGCUAUUUAAAGUCAUUGCAAACAGUCACAGUAGGUUUAACUUCAUCUUUAUUCGUUAAAAACUUGUAAUGAGUAGUAAAUAAUAAAGAACUUGGGCUUUUUGGUUAAAUCAGGUUUAAUUUUAAAAAAUACACCCUUAUUUUACUAAUUUGUAAAUUAAUUUCACCACUUAAAGAAAUGGAUUAAUAGUUACACACCAACCUUUUGAUGAAGAGAUUUUACUAUCCCUUAUUUACUGUGGGCAAAUUUGAUAAACUAUUUGAACUGCCACAUACAAAAAUAAUUUGUGAUUUAGUCACACUCUAGAAAUAUCAAACAUCGAGUUCAUUUGCCUCUAACCUUAACCUUGUGCUGUGACAACUAUAUUUGCAUGAGCUACUUUUUUAAGAAAGAAAAACUUUGCCAGUGUAGUAAAUAUAUGUUAGUUGAACUCCAUUUUGGGGUGAAAAAUUAGAAUUUCAAGUGAUUUACUAUUAUCCCCUUCUUUUGGGUGUGGGGUGGGGCUUACAUGUUCUUAGAGCAAGGCAUAUCUAACACUGUUUCCAGGGGAACUGGAAUCUUGCAACUCCAGUGUAAAAUAAGGAUUUCUUUAAAUAGUGUGUUUCCACCUCUAAAAACAGAUAACUUAGAACUAACCAGUCCUCUGUCUUGAUAACUGCAAUGCCUUAUUUCAGUUUGGAUACAAUUUUCUAUUUGCUUCCUCUGCAGAGGCCUGUAGUAGCCCUUGAAAAAUCAGUAGCUCAAAAUUUUAUUUUAGAAUUGGUGAAUAAAUGUGACCUCGAGUACUCUUAAGACCUUCAUCAGAAAGUAGUCUCAAAUUUUUGAGCCUGAAUAAAAUAAAAUCCUAAAAUUGGUAUUUUUAGAACUACAAGUGAAGAAAUUAAAUGCUUAAUGAACUAGUUGUACUCACUUAAGUCAAAUAAACUUGAGACUAUAGCAUGGUGAUGUUGGCUGGAGUUAAUAUAAAUUUUGACAGCAUUUUAACAAAAAUGCCCUGUUAAGGGCCUUCUGAAUUUUAGGCGUCCUGUACAAAAAUGUUCGUUUUACUCAGAUAAUGAGUCUGCUUUCUCAAGACAAAUGUGUUAUAGAUUUAAAAAUAGUCAUUUUCUUUAACUGAGGCAUAAGUCUAAAUCAGAGGUAAUUUGGCCCUUUACAAUUUUGAAGUUAAAUGAUUCUUCGCUUUUAAAGUGACUACCUUACUUUGUUAUAUUUUGAAGACCCCGUUUACAGUUGAGAAAACUGUUUAAGUUAUAUUUGCAAAGUAGCUCUUUAAAAUUGUAUUACUCAGCAAACAUUUGGCUGAAUUUACAAGUAUAAUCAUAUUUAUUUUUCUGGGAAUUGUAAGGGCUGGAUGAGAUAACACAUUCUUGUACACUGUAACAGCAGCACUAUUGUUUGGAACUUGAAUCAUUUUAAAAUUAGAUACUGAGGAAACUAAUAUUAAUUGGUCAUCAUCUUUUUCUUUUUAUGCCCUUGUGUAUCACUAAACAAAUAGUUUUUCUCUCCUUUGUCAGUUCCCAUGUGUAUUUUUCAAAAGAAGUACUGUAUUCAGAUGCCAGCCAAUAAAUUGUUACACAAUGGAAAAUGAUAUUCCACUACAUUCAUUGUAAGGUUUAAUAAAAGUAAAUUUGCACCGA